AUAUUCUUUUAAAAAAAAAAAAAAUCCGAAAAUAGCUCAUAUCGUGGCGUCAUUUUGGUCAGCAAACAUCCCCCUUUUCAAACUAACUCAAAUAAAGACAACAAGAACCAGUUGAUGGAUAACGUUCUUCAAUUGUCCUUUUAUCUGUAGGCUACCAUCAAAACAUAUAAAUGUUACUAUUUAGCCUAUUAUGAAUUUGAUCAUUUAAAAAUUUGAUAAGCGGUUACGAUGUUCCCAACAAGUUCUCAGGUGAAGUUCUGGAUGUUUGCUGACGAUAAAGAAAUACUCUGUCUGCGGAAAGAGGCCAAUGAAAGAUUCAUUAAAGAGCACGGCAAGUCGAAAUCGGCCGAAGAAAGACAAGAAUUCUUCUUAACUACGGCGGAGGAACGAUCAUUGCAACGCCAUUAUGAAUACAUCCUCAAGGAAUUUUGUGCCAGAUUCCAGCCUCCAAUGCCAAGAGCAGUCGUGGGCUGCUCCAUGGCCUACUUCAAGCGUGUCUACAUCCAUAACUCGUUGAUGGACUACCACCCUCGCGAGAUGAUGCUGACCUGUGUCUACCUGGCCUGUAAGGUCGAAGAGUUCAACGUCUCGAUAAACCAAUUCGUGGCAAAUUUAAAAGGUGACCGAGAGAGAUUCGCAGAUCUGAUCGUCAGUUGUGAGCUGAUGCUGAUGCAUCAUUUGCAUUACCACUUGACGAUGCACAGCCCUUAUCGACCAUUUGAAGGACUGAUGAUCGAUAUGAAAACACGAUGCAAAAGCAUAACUGAUGUUGAGAAAAUCCGAAAAGGUGCCGACGAUUUUAUGGACAGAUCGCUGAACACAGAUGCAAUGUUAUUGUUUUCACCGUCGCAAAUUGCCCUGGCUGCCAUUUUACACAGUGCUUCAAGGUUACAACAGAACCUCGACAAAUACGUCACGGAAACACUCCUUGGUCCGGUCGAUAAUGACAAAAUCAAAAAGACGAUUGAGCAAAUAAAACGAGUACGGUACAUGAUCCGAAACCAGGAGCCGUUAAAUCGAGAGUUCGUCAGAAAUAUCGAAAAGAAGUUGGAAAAAUGUCGGAAUCAAGAAAAUAACCCCAGUAGCGAAGUAUAUAAACGAAAGAUGGAAGAGAAGUGGGACGACGAGGUGGAACGACAGACGCGAAAGCGACAGAAAACUUCAGAGGAAGAACAACGACUAGAUGAGGAAAUCAUUGGAACAUAGCAGCCUGAUUCCGAUCCAUGGAAAAGACAUUUGACUUUACUUUGACUGAUCCCUACAAGUCUGGGCUUCAUUGUGAAGCCUGUGGUCAAAAAUGUGGCACGCUCCGAGCUGUUGGAUCUACACAAUUGGCUGUGCAGUGGUUCCUUCUGGCAAUAAUGCAGAUGAGAAGUUGAUAAUCUGAGGAUGUGAGCAUUUAGAUAUGGAGUGUGUUUGUUUUUGACUUUCAAUGGGAAGGACAAUCUCGAUCUCACUACCCUGAGACUCACCACAGACUAAAAUCAGCCUUGGACCUUGAUAUGAUUUCCAUUGGAAAAUGUCUCACAAUUUCCACUGCUAAACAGUAUGUGUGCUCAAUUAUAACAGCUGGACAUUUUCAACUGAUAGAUCUUCGCGAAAUGUGCUGCCAUCUCAAUGUGUUAAACUAAGGACCAACCAUCCUUUACAAAACUUAUUGUGGACAAAUUUGUACAUACAUCCCAAAAAUAAAAAAUGUUACGGAA